AUGAGACAUUCAAACCGACGACUGGAUUCAGAAUACAGAGCUGAGGAGCAGRAACGCAACACCACGGAACAUUUAAUUAGGCGAACAAAUCCCGAAUAUAGAACCGCAGAGCAGGAGCGCGAUACAAUAGGACAUUCAAUCAGGCGUUUGAAUCCGGAGUAUAGAGUUGAGGAACAAGGACACAACACUGCAGAACACUCCACCAGACGGACGAAUCCCGAAUAUAGAACCGCGGAGCAGGAGCGCGUCACAAUAGGACAUUCAAUCAGACGUUUGAAUCCGGAGUAUAGAGUUGAGGAGCAAGGACGCAACACUGCGGAACACUCCCCCAGACGGACGAAUCCCGAAUAUAGAACCGCAGAGCAGGAGGGCGACACAAUAGGACAUUCAAUCAGGCGUUUGAAUCCAGAGUAUAGAGUUGAGGAGCAGGGACGCAACACUGCGGAACACUCCACCAGACGGACGAAUCCCGAAUAUAGAACCACAGAGCAGGAGCGCGACACAAUAGGACAUUAA